AUGUUUUUAAAUCGUGUUAUUCUGUUAGUGCUUGUGAUCAUUGGCACUUUGGAAAACUUUUCAAGUGCAGCCAAAUUUAAAACCACCAUAUUUGAUGAUUACGUUUACGGUGAUUGUGAUAAUCAGCCAGAGAAUGUCCUUAACAUUAAAACCGCGUUUGACACUUCCGAAUUCAUUAUACAUAACGACGUGGACAACGUAACGCUAUCGGGAAAUUUAACAUCAAGAUGGGAUAUUCAAAAGACAGAUCGCCUUGAGGGUAUCUUUCAAUUACAUUACUUGGAUCAUGGUUCCUGGCAACCAACUAUGUAUUCAAUACGUCUAAAGAAUGUCUGUGCAGUUAUGUAUGAUAAAAAUCAACACUGGUAUAAAGCUUGGACUUCGCACAUUAUAAACAUCGAUGAAGUUAAGGACAAUUGCGUAAAUGUACCAGGCACAAAAUUAAUACAUGAACCUUUUGAGUUGGUAUUUAUUUUUGAUUUGAGAACACCAAUUGAUACUAAUGGCCUUUAUAGAUUAUUUAUUGCUAUAGCAGCAUAUGAUGAGUCUUCACGAAAGCGGGAUACAUCUAUCUGUUUUACGAUUAGAGUUCAAUUCGAGAAAAUAGAUUAAUGUGGAAAAGGACAAUAUCUUGGAUCCCAAAAAUUAUACGAAUUUAUAAUAAUUAUUGAUAUUUGCUUGCUAUCUUGGUGUUUAAUCUGUGUUGAAAAAUGAAAAAGUCUUCAGCGAAAACAUGUUGGCAAAAUUACUAUUGUCAAAUCGCUCCUGUUUCCUCUACAAUUUUCUAAAUAUUAA